AUGUGCUCCUUCUCCUCCUCUUCUUCGUCUGUGGUGGUCGGACAGAUCCCACCACAACAUCAAGUGUUCAUCAACUUCCGAGGAAAAGAAUUGCGCAAAGGUUUCGUGAGCUUUCUAGUGCCUGCCUUGAGAAAGGAAAACAUCAAUGUUUUCAUAGAUGAAAUAGAGAUAAGGAGCAUAGAUCUCCAACAUAUCUUCAAGAGGAUUGAGGAAUCGAGUGUUGCGGUGGUGAUAUUCUCAGAGUUGUACACCGAGUCAAAAUGGUGUUUGAACGAGCUUGUGAAGAUCAACGAAAGGAUGAUUGAAGGGAAACUCAAAGUUAUUCCCAUAUUCUUCAAUGUGACCGUAAGUGACGUGAAGAUCCAUGAGGGAGAUUUCGGCAAAAAUUUCAGGGAAACAAAGAGGAAAUGCCAAGGUGAUUCGGAUAUAAUCCGAAAUUGGGAGGAAGCUUUGAACUCUAUUCCCCAAAAGUUUGGCUUGGCAUCGUCCACAUACAGGUUUGUGAGGUCCCUUCCUUUAUGCACCUAG